AUGGCGGCGGGUGGCGGCGGUGUUGCCGACCCCCUGUCCCCCGCGGGGGUACCCUGCGCCUUCUCUCCGCAGAGCCAGACCUAUUUCGCUUUAGCGUCUACCGAUGGUCACCUGCGAGUGUGGGAGACAGCCAACAACCGGCUACACCAGGAGUACGUGCCUUCCGCGCACCUCAGCGGUACCUGCACCUGCCUGGCCUGGGCGCCAGCGAGGCUGCAGGCCAAGGAAGGUCCACAGAGGAAAAAAAGGAAAUCAGAAGCUGUAGGAACAAGUAACCAGGCCGACUUGUUGGCUCUUGGUACAGCAGUUGGUAGUGUUUUAUUAUACAGUACAGUAAAAGGAGAAUUACACAGUAAAUUGAUAAGUGGUGGACAUGACAACAGAGUCAAUUGCAUACAGUGGCAUCAAGACAAUGGCUGUUUGUAUAGUUGUUCAGAUGAUAAACAUAUUGUGGAAUGGAAUACACAGACAUGCAAAGUAAAGUGCAAAUGGAAAGGUGAUAAUAGCAGUGUCAGUUCCCUGUGUAUCAGCCCAGAUGGAAAGAUGUUGCUUUCAGCUGGUCGAACAAUCAAACUAUGGGUUUUGGAGACCAAAGAAGUCUACAGACACUUCACAGGACAUGCAACACCAGUUUCAUCACUUACGUUCACUACUAUCAGACCUCCUAAUGAGAGCCAACCCUUUGAUGGAAUUACAGGUCUUUAUUUCUUAUCUGGAGCAGUCCAUGACCGGUUACUUAAUGUCUGGUAUGUCCGGUCAGAAAACAAAGAGAAGAAUGCAGUGAUGUCUUUUACAGUUACAGAUGAACCUGUCUUUAUUGACUUGACUUUGUCAGAAAACAAAGAGGAGCCUGUCAAGUUAGCUGUUGUUUGCAGAGAUGGUCAAGUUCAUCUUUUUGAACACAUAUUAAAUGGGUACUGCAAAAAGCCUUUGACUUCGAAUUGUACAAUUCAGAUAGCAACACCUGGGAAAGGCAAGAAAUCAACACCAAAACCUAUCCCUAUUUUAGCAGCUGGUUUCUGCUCAGACAAAAUGUCAUUGUUGCUUGUGUAUGGCAAUUGGUUUCAGCCCAUCAUUGAGCGAGUGGCUUUGAAUUCCAAAGAACCUCAUAUGUGUUUAAUAAGAGAUAUUUCAAACUGCUGGGCCCCAAAAGUAGAAACAGCUAUAACAAAGGUGAGGACACCAGUGAUGAAUUCUGAAGCAAAAGUUCUGGUGCCCGGGAUACCUGGUCAUCACGCAGCUAUCAAGCCUGCUCCUCCACAGACCAAGGAAGUAGAGAGCAAGAGGAAAUUGGGGGAAAAGGAGGUUAGCAUUGAAGAACGCCUGGGAGCCCUGGAUAUAGCUACAAAAAAAGAAAAGGAUGACCUUCCACAGACAAAUAGUUUUCCAGUUCUCCUCACACAGGGCUUAGAAAGUAAUGAUUUUGAAAUUCUAAAUAAAGUACUUCAAACUAGGAAUUUAAACUUAAUAAAGAGAACUGUAUUAAGGAUGCCCCUGCAUGCUGUUAUUCCGUUGUUGAAAGAGCUUACAAAGAGAUUACAAGGACAUCCUAAUAGUGCUAUUUUAAUGGUUCAGUGGCUAAAAUGUGUGUUAACGGUCCAUGCAUCCUACUUAUCCACAUUGCCUGACCUGGUACCCCAGCUGGGGACACUGUACCAGUUAAUGGAAAGCAGAGUAAAAACUUUUCAGAAGCUCUCCCACCUUCACGGAAAGCUCAUCCUUUUAAUCACACAAGUUACAGCGUCAGAGAAAACAAAGGAAACGACUUGUCCUGCUCAGAAGGCAAAGUUGGUGUAUGAAGAAGAAUCUUCUGAAGAAGAAUCUGAUGAUGAAAUAGCAGAUAAGGAUUCUGAUGAUAAUUGGGAUGAAGAUGAGGAUGAGAAAGCAAGUGAAAAAGAUGAAGAUGUUGAUGAAGAGAAUGAAGAGGAAGAAGGGGAUGAUGAAGAAAAAGAUGAAGAAAAUGGUGAGGACAGAGAUGUAGCAAGUGAAAAGGAAUUAAAUGGAGAUUCUGAUUUAGAUCCUGAAAAUGAAAGUGAAGAAGAAUGA